UCAAACAGUUUUGUCUCUCUUACAGAGGAGACUGAGCAGUGACUCUUCCUCUGACCUGAUUUUAACGUUUCAUGUUGAUAUCAGCAGUCUGCGUGCAUCUCGCCGUCUGAUGAAAGGUUGUUAGGAUGCGAUAAGCGUAUUCUAGUGGGGGAAAGUGUCCAAAAUCCCCUUUAUUUCGAGUGCGAAGACAGGACAACAGCACUAGUAACGUUAGUUACUAGCAACAGCGGCUCUCUAUUUUUUGUCGAAAGAUGCCCGGUCCCUCCUGUUCUCUCAUCUGAAGACCGUAGGAGAGAAGUCUAGUUUAGUGAUGAAACAGGACCCGUUGACCAGAGGGGGUAACACGGGUACACCCCUGCCAGGGAGGGGAGACUCUAUGGGGGUAUCGCUGCUAGGCAGCACCCCCUCUUCCUCCUCCAUCUCUUCAAUCUCCUCCCUCUCUUCCUUCAUCUCUUCAUCUUCCUCUGGGGAAGAAAGGAGAAAGGGAGGUGGUGAGGAGUUUAUUGGCAGAGAGGAGGGGGAGGUGGUCAGCAUUUCCAUAGUUACCAUAGCGGAGGAGUCCUGCCCCUCGGAACCGUUCGGAACUGUCGGCGGUCACGUCGAGGUAACAGCCGAUGAGAGCGCGGCUAGGGAAAGAGAUGGCCAAUCAAAAACCUCCCACAGUACCCAGGCUGAAGAAGAGGGGGAGCGGAAUGGAGAGGAAGAGGAGGAAUGUAGAAAGGAGGAUGAUGAGAACGAGCAAGGAGAUGAAGGCGAGGAAGCAGAAGAGAUGGGUGAAGACGAGAGUGACCGUCCUGCCCUGUUAGAAGAGGAGGAGGAGGAAGAGGGAAGGAACCAGGUGUUUGUCUCGGAUGAGAACUCUGAGUUGAUGUCGGACAGACUGAACCCUGAAACACCUUGGACACUCCUCAACAUCAAGAUGAAGAGGAAGUUGGACCAUGGACCAGACAUCAGGCCUUUCCCUACAGGCAAGAAACACUGCAAAGGUUCCAACUACCUCAGUCCCUCCAGUUUUGUUCCAUUCCAGACCACGCCCACUACCUUUGGGGACCUGCGAGCAGCCAAUGGGCAUUCAGCUCAGCGGAGACGUGUGACUUCAGGUCCGCCCCCCUCCGGCCUGCAGGACUGGCUGCACACCUUCCAGGCGUGGAGUGGUCCUGAGCGUCUAUUGGCUCUGGAUGAGUUGAUUGACACCUGUGAGUCCAAUCAGGUGAAGCACAUGAUGCAGGUUAUUGAGCCUCAGUUCCAACGAGACUUCAUCUCCCUGCUGCCCAAAGAGCUGGCCCUGUAUGUCCUGACGUUCCUGGAGCCCAGAGAUCUGAUGCAUGCUGCUCAGACCUGUUCCUAUUGGAGGAUACUGGCUGAGGAUAACCUGCUGUGGAGGGAGAAGUGUAGAGAGGAGGGUAUUGAAGAGCCCCUGGUUGUGAAGAGAAGAAAGACUCUUAAACCUGGGUUCCUCCACUCGCCCUGGAAGAGUGCCUACGUACAACAACACAGGAUAGAGAGCAACUGGAGGACUGGGGAUAUCACCUCACCUAAGGUGUUAAAAGGUCAUGAUGAUCAUGUGAUCACAUGUCUCCAGUUCUGUGGUGACCUCAUAGUCAGUGGUUCUGACGACAACACUCUCAGAGUCUGGUCUGCCCUCACCGGCAAGUGUCUGCGUACAUUAGUAGGCCAUACAGGAGGCGUGUGGUCCAGUCAGAUGAGUGGUAACAUCGUGAUCAGUGGGUCGACAGACAGGACUCUGAAGGUUUGGGACGCAGAGAGCGGAGAGUGUGUUCACACUCUGUACGGACAUACCUCUACUGUACGCUGCAUUCACCUGCACGACAAACAGGUUGUGAGCGGUAGCCGUGACGCUACGUUGCGUCUGUGGGACGUAGAUUCUGGCGAGUGUCUCCACGUCCUGACGGGUCAUGUGGCGGCGGUACGGUGUGUCCAGUAUGACGGCCGCAGGGUGGUCAGCGGAGGAUAUGACUUCAUGGUUAAAGUCUGGGACCCGGAGACAGAGACCUGUCUACACACUCUGCAGGGACACACUAACAGAGUCUAUUCACUGCAGUUUGACGGUGCCUACGUGGUCAGUGGAUCUCUGGACACCUCCAUCAGAGUAUGGGACGUAGUGACGGGAGGGUGUGUCCACACGUUGACCGGCCACCAAUCACUGACCAGCGGUAUGGAACUAAAGAACAACAUCCUGGUGUCUGGCAACGCUGACUCUACUGUCAGGGUCUGGGAUAUACGGACAGGACAGUGUCUCCACACACUACAAGGUCCCCAUAAGCACCAGUCAGCAGUGACCUGUCUCCAGUUCUCUCGCUCCCUGGUGGUCUCUUCAUCAGAUGAUGGGACAGUGAAGCUGUGGAGCCUGGCGACGGGGGAGUGGAUCAGAGACCUGGUGGCUCUGCAGAGUGGAGGAUCAGGGGGAGUGGUGUGGAGGAUCAGGGCAUCUAACACCAGACUGGUAGCAGCCGUUGGCAGCAGGAACGGAACAGAGGAGACUAAACUCGUGGUGCUGGACUUUGACCUCACUGACACCCACAAGUGAUGUCAUCAAAGAGGCGACGUGCUUUCAUCAGGAGAGGAUGUCAUUGGAUAAGGAUUCGAGGUAACCAAAGAGGGACCUAAUAUCCUCAUCGGUGGAAGGAGAACUUGUAAUGAUGAUAAAAGGGGUGAGGAGAAGGUGUCGUUUGACAGAGGACUAUGUCAGAAUCCUCCUAUGGAAGGACUGAGUGCCAUUUUAACAGGAGACACCAAUAUACCACAACCCGGGAGACGACUCAGAACCGUUUCCCAUUUCCUCACCACGUCCCCGCGGAACCAAACUCUCAUAUUUUCCUGGUGACCAUUAAACACUGCUGGACACUGGUAUGGUGAAGAGACAGUACGAAGACCAACUUUGAAUCUUCUGCGACCGGAGGAAUCCAUGAGAGGUCUCACUAAGGUCAUGGGACUUACUGGCCUCCUGACCGACCGUCCGAAGGUCAAAUUGAGUGUAGUUACUGUAACUACCCAGACUACUGCAGGAUGUAUAGUUACUGUAACUACCCAGACUACUGCUGGAUGUAUAGUUACUGUAACCACCCAGACUACUGCUGGAUGUAUAGUUACUGUAACCACCCAGACUACUGCAGGAUGUAUAGUUACUGUAACCACCCAGACUACUGCAGGAUGUAUAGUUACUGUAACCACCCAGACUACUGCUGGAUGUAUAGACUGUUACUGUAACCACCCAGACUACUGCUGGAUGUAUAGACUGUUACUGUAACCACCCAGACUACUGCUGGAUGUAUAGUUACUGUAACCACCCAGACUACUGCUGGAUGUAUAGACUGUUACUGUAACCACCCAGACUACUGCUGGAUGUAUAGUUACUGUAACCACCCAGACUACUGCUGGAUGUAUAGUUACUGUAACCACCCAGACUACUGCUGGAUGUAUAGUUACUGUAACUACCCAGACUACUGCUGGAUGUAUAGUUACUGUAACCACCCAGACUACUGCUGGAUGUAUAGUUACUGUAACCACCCAGACUACUGCUGGAUGUAUAGUUACUGUAACCACCCAGACUACUGCUGGAUGUGUAGUUACUGUAACCACCCAGACUACUGCUGGAUGUAUAGUUACUGUAACCACCCAGACUACUGCUGGAUGUAUAGUUACUGUAAC